AUCCCAUCUCGUCUGCCCUUCUGAGAGCUGCUGCAACCCCCCUCCCCUCUCUCUCUCUCUCUCUCUCUCUCUCUCUCUCUCUCUCUCUCUCUCUCUCUCUCUCUCUCUCUGUGAUUCUCUUUCGCUCUCUUUCCCCUUACUCAUCUGUUUCUGUGCCUGCACUGAGAGGAAGGACACCUGCCGCUCCCUGAUGAUUCAGCCUUUCAGCGGCCCGGAGUUCCAGAGCCAAGACAGCAUGUCCCUCCUGCCACUGCAGUGUCUGCCCGUCCCGUCUGGUGCAUUUCAGCAACUGCAGCUGCAGCGGGCCCGUCACGUUCACACUGCCUCCACUGUCCAAGUUCUCAGCAAAGCUAUUUUUAGAUUUCUGAGUGCAUUUCUUUGAGAAAGCAUGAGUACGGAACUCUUGCGCAGAAGACUGUCUGCGUACCUCCCAGACUGUUAACAAGGUUACGCUGACUCUGAAGAGCAUCUUUAUCCCCCAGUGAAACCAUCAGCUCACAGACUCAGGAUGGAAAAUAUACUAGCGGGGUCUGGUGGCAGACAGCCACUGUGUGAUGCUCUGAGCUAAUAGUGAAGGUGUUAAAAGAGUCUUCAUCCAACAGCUGGACAGGAAUGGAGGACAUCUCUGCAGGGCCGGAGCCAGCCUCCCCAUCCGGCUCUACUGUUGAUACUGGACAAGUCCCAGAGGAGAAACCAGAGGAGACUGAGGCUGCUGCUGUGAGUGGGGAGGAGAACGCAGGGGGAACUGCGGAGGGAGGUGGCAGCGGUGAUGGGGAGCACUCUGGAGCCCUGGGAAUUAUGGCUCUACCCGGAACCUGCUGCGUCUGUAUAGAGAUGGAACAGAUUAACAAUUGCUUGCACUCUGAGAAAAUCUGCAUUCUGCCCAUCCUGGCCUGUCUGCUCAGCUUAGCGCUCUGCACAGCUGGCCUCAAAUGGGUCUUUGCAGAUAAGAUCUUUGAGUAUGAACCACCCACCCACUUAGACCCAAAGCCCAUCGGGCAGGACCCUUUUAGCAUAUUGGUGGACCCAACGCUGGGGCUGACUGUAUCAAUUCCUCCUCCGUCUUCUGCCACCGUCCCCUCGACCACUGUCUCCAGUGUGACCUCGGGACGUCCUGAGGUUUUCCUAGAGGAGCAGUCGACACGAGGUCCGUAUGUGCCACCACGAGUGACUGAGUCUGACCCUUCUGUUACGCUGAAAUCCAAAGCUGACCGGCCCACAAUCCCGAAGCAGACCCCCCACCACCAGACCACGCAGGAAAUAAACGACAUCUUCAUCCCCACGAUCUCUUCCACCAGCACCACGUCUACAACCAAGACCUCCAGUCAUGUGACCCGCUGCAGUGACCGCCAGAAAAACUACUGUGUUAAUGGAGGGGAGUGCUUUACCUUGGAAAUCAUGCCCGGCAGCACAAAGUUUCUCUGCAGGUGUCCUAAUGAAUUUACUGGCGAUCGCUGCCAAACCUAUGUAAUGGCCAGCUUUUACAAACGCUUUGGAAUUGAAUUUAUGGAAGCUGAGGAGCUGUAUCAGAAACGUAUUUUAACAAUAUCAGGAAUCUGCAUUGCACUCCUAGUCGUUGGAAUCAUGUGUGUGGUUGCCUACUGCAAAACAAAGAAGCAGAGGCAGAAGCUUCAGGAUCGUCUGAGGCAGAACUUGAGAAAUAAGAAGAAGAACUCUGCCAGAGGACGGCAGGUCACUGCGUUGCCUCUUCAAGAUUUGCAGAGCAGAACUUGUAACGGGACGACAGCACUGCACACCAAUGUGAAGGAGACGGAAACCACCUGUUCAGCGAGCAAAUAUGCCUUAUCAGCACAGGAAUCCACCGCUCUCACCCAAAUCUCCAGCCAAAGGUGUGAAUCUGCUGUUGCAGCGUCUUCAGACUUCCAAGCCUCUGCUGCGACUCCCGGCUCUCCCCCAUCAGAGAUGUCGGCCCCCCUGUCCAGUCUGGCCGUCUCUGUCCCUUCAGUGGCUCUAAGCCCCUCAGCUGAAGAGGAGCGGCCCUUGCUGCUGUCCAGGACACGCCAGCGACCUCCCAGUCGUGAUGAGCUGAAGAGGACCUCAGCCCACUACAACCACGGCCACGAUGCCCACAGCUUGCCGUCCAGCCCACUGACCAUCGUGAAAAAUAGUAAAAACCUGAACAGCACUGCUGCCAAUCCUGUAAUGUCGUCAUCACACGAGGACUUAGUGAACACAAACAACAUUAUUAACAGCCUCUGCAGCAAGGCCGAAAUCAUCAGUGGUCAUGUGCCUCGUAAAGUAGAGUGUAGCGGGUGUCCGGUGGAGGAGAGCGAGCCUGAAGACCCUCCAGGGAGCCACGCCUUCUUCUUCAGCACAGGUAUGACCUGCAGGGCGAGCAGCAGGACUAACCCAGCAUCUGCACUGGAUGACCCGGCAAUCAGGUCAUCCAGUGCCACCCAACAAGCUCUAGCUGUGUAGACAGGAGUCCUUCGGGUGAGGACGAAAGUUCGGCCACUAUUUAAACCUUUAUUUUCUAUAGAUGAUUUGACUUUGAGAGAUACAUUAACAAAUCUUUUAUUUUAGGGAUCUAGUGAAUACAGUUUUAUAAAAACAGAAAAAUCUUUUAGGUGAAGUGCCAUACACACUAGUAUGUAUGUAGCAUCUGACAAAAAAAAAAACUUUGCUGCGCAUAAAAAUACAUUGGUGCCUUUCUGUUUGGGUAUGCUUAAGGGAACUGCAACAACGCGUACUGGGCCAUGUAUUCUCCAACUUUAUACUGCAGCUAACAACCAUAGAAACUACUGGAAGCCUCUUAGGUCCUGGUGCAGCGAGGGAAGUGCCCACAGAUGGUCUGGUGCUCCAACAGUCGCAUGCAACAUUCAAAAAUACUCUGGAAUUCUGAGCAGAAUCCGACGUUCAGAUGAUUGUAACCUUCAAUGAGAGUCUCAGAGAAGAUCUUAGAGCUUCUGGACUAAAGUUAGCCUGCUUCACCUGGUAUACUGCUGGUAACAUAUAACAUCAAGCUAGAGGUGCAGUCAGUGAAGUCUGUGUGCAAAGCUUUACUAAUAUUUUAACUAAAGAGGGAGAAACUGCACUCCUGCGUCCUUGGAAUAAUGAUAUUAGUUCUUCAUAAAACUAAAAGCAGGAGUUCUGAUUCAUGACCUUCUGUGAAUGAAGCUUUUAGUUAGGGACGUGAGGAGAAUCAUCAGUCAGACAUGCAGUUGCAGAGGAUGUUCAGACCUGUGUCCAUUGUGGCCUUCAGGUUGGCAGGUGACUACAGCAGACCGGUGACCUCGCACCAGAGCCACUUAUACUGUCUGGCUGGGUAAAAGCUCUUACCUGACCAAUGUGGUGAAAGACAUCAGUUUGUUUUACUGAACGGAUGAUAGCUGAAUCAGCAAAAUGUGAUAUGUCUUAUAUUUUCUGUGUUUAUGUACAAACCCUAUAAUGUCCUGUGCGUUGAGGGGCGGCCUCUGGUGGACUCCUUCAGUUCCGUGCGGCUUUAUCAGAAGCCACAGGUCAGAUCACUGCCUCUCCUGGUGGCACUGUAUCUCUGGACUUUAGUUUGGGAUCCCAUCGUUCAUAACCGCAUGCUGUGCACCGUGGACUGAUAAGCAAGUGUCAAACUACAUCACGGCGUAAAUUAUUACAGUUCAUUUAAAUAAAUUUCAUCAAAUGUAUUUAAGGGUUCUUAUGAUAAGAGCUUCAACUGUUGCUGUGCAAUGAAGAAGCUGUAGUGAAAGUGAAGUUGAUUUUUGCCAGAACUCCAUGUUUAUUAUCAUCAUGAAACUGUCACCGACCAUGAUGCUUCAUAGUCACCUAAAGGUUGAGUCUAUUUUUUUGUUUAAAUUCUUGAUCAUAGGCUUCUUUUUUCUCUUCCUUUUUGACGAAGGGCUCUGUGUAAGCGUUCUGGUGAGGUUCCUUGUCAUCAUUCACAUGUUACUGAAGGAUCCAGUUAGAGGACAUCUAACCACCUACAGGCAACUGAUGAGAUUUCACUCUUAAAUGGAACUUCAUUCUGCAUGAACAUGAAAAUGCAAUAUUCAGUGAGUGAAGCUUAUCGAUCCGGAGGGGAGUCAGAUGUCAGACCGUCAAUGCCUGCAGACGCUAAGGAAGCGCCAACUCUUCUUAUGCCUGGAGGGAAUGUUCAGAGAUGAAGUGUAUUCCCUAGUCAACACAUCUCAGCAUUGACCACACCUAAAGUGGUUUGAAUAAUGUGAAGAAUGUUUCAGAUUAGUAUUGUGAGUUUGUCGUUGGCCAUCAAAAAAAAAAAAAACAGGCACUUUUUAUUUAUUUUUCGAAGUAUCUUAAUAUAUUAUCCGCUUUAAUUACAAUACGAUGUUGCUGCUAACAAAAGUUACGCUCACAAUAAAAUUUUAUUUUUCAAUAUCCCAAUGAAUCUCCAGCUGGAUGCCACUAGUCAGAGAGAGUGUGUAAUGCUAAGUGAACUGGUCUUGAAAUAAUAAUGGGUGAAGGAUCACAUUCUCAAACUUCUGUACAUUCAAGACUUAUAAUCUUAAAAUCUUUUCAUUCAGCAACUAUGGAAGAAAGACAUAUGUUUCGUGCAACUGAAGCCUUCUUUGUCUGCUACACUGCUGUGUGGAGAAAACAGAAGUCAAAUGGAAGACAGCUGUGAUGUCACGCCAGUCACUGCUUUUGAUGUCCUCACCUUUUUGUUGUUUCACAGCAAAGGCAACCUCCGCAAGGACACUUGGGACAUUCAGAUAAAGAAACACUUGUGAUGAAUGGUGCUUAAAAGCUUGCCUUUUUCCGAGUAGAAGAUGGAUUGCAUUCCAUCGCCACAGCUGUGCAAUCCUGUGUGCACAGUGCUCAGCAGCACUGUGGAGAAUAACUCAUCAGAGGCAACAGAUUGAGAGAGGAAGAGGUUCACAGUGACAGAUCAACCCACUGGGUUAGUGGUGACUUCAGUGAUGAAGCGUCUGUGAACAUAUGGUUAAUCUUUUGUUGUGCAAACAUCAAUGUGCUCUGCAAAAUGCAUUUUGGGGAUUAAAGGAGCUGCACCAUAUUCAAACAUGAUGGUUG